UCUCUUGAAGGAAGACCCGAUUCGCUUGUGGGCACGACGACGACGACGACGGCGACGACUUCUUGGCAGUAACAAUUGCGCCCCAUUGUUGUCUUCGGCUCAAAAGUAAUGCCGAACUCUGGUUAUUUAUCGUCUUCCAAAACAGAACACCCCGCGAAUUUUUUUAAUACUCGUUGCUUCCCUUUUCUUUUUAACUUUCUUUCCAUUCCACUUGGAAUGUAAACCUACCUGAAUUCCAAUUAUGCCCUUCUGGUCUCGCACUGAAAACGACACUGCUCCUGCACCACAGAACGUCCCUCCAGGGUAUGGCCCGCCGCCUUAUCAACAAAAUUGUUAUGCGGACGGUUCCUUUUAUGCUGGCAACUACCCAGGUCUUCCCGGGAAUGUCUAUCAGCAACAGCAGCAGCCUUACCCGGCACAACACCAACAACAACAGCAGCCACCUCAACAAGGUCAACAAGGAGAAAUGGAGGGAAACAACAAAUACGCGCCCCAGGAACAGGAUGAAGAUCUGCCCAUGGACCUGGGGGAUCUCACGGACAUAUUCAGUUUUGAGUUUAUGCGUGGACGACCCAUCUGGAAUUUUAUUUUGGCCAUCCUGUGGUGUAUCGGCUUGCCUAUUCUCUUGUAUCACAUCUUGAAACCAUACCUGGGGCAGGUACUGGCCAUGGUUGUUGCCUCCGCUCCCCCGCUCUUGAUUGUAAUCGGACGUAUGGUGCGGCAGCGACAAUUCGAUAUUUUGGGAAUGAUAGCUGGUCUUGCUUUCCUGAUAUCUGGCAUUGUGUCAAUCGCUGAGCCCACAGAGCAGGUCGAAGCCAUCUGCGAAGGCAUCGUACCGCUGCUUGUUGGCGUGUUCUGCGUCGUUUCAUUGAUCCCUAUCAAAAUCGGAUCCUAUGAACUGCGGCCGGUGAUAUACCAACUGACGAACCAAGUCAUGCCGCGCUCGGACGCUGCUGAAGAUCUUGCGGCGCAGGAUGAACAGCGUUUGAACGGGAAAAAACGACCGGCAACCAAACAGGAGAAGCUUGAUUGGGCAUACACGAACAUGGCGCGUUUCAGACAGGAUAUGCGGAUCAUGACGGCUGCAUGGGGCAUCAUGCUGAUCGUUGGCUUCUUUAUCAAACUAAUUGUCGUGCUCACCAACACGGAUCUGGGCCUAGCGGCCUUGGCGGGAUAUCUUAUCUUUGGUCUAGGCGCGCUUGUGGUGAUGAUUUUUACAUGGUUCUACACCAAGAUCUCCAAGGGCCAUUUGAAGGAAGACGUGGCGUUCUGGCGCGAACAACAAGAGCCCAGGCCGUUGGAUUCCUCGACGGAAGCUGCACAUAAUUUGAAUUGGGGAGCUCAGUCGAUGACCAAUGCCUGGGGCCAAGUGAUGCCACUGUAAAAUAAUUUUUCUAUAUAUCAUAAUAUAUCAUAUCAAACUGUUAAAUAAGACAUACGUCGUCACGUGGACAAUAUCACUACAAUGACUGUAUCAAAGAAGUGGGCCUACAUGUGUGUGCC